AUGCGCUGUGCCGUCGCUUUAAAUUGGGAUUGCUGGUGCUCGGCUCCAUCCAGAGACUGCAGAGAGCGGGUGAAAAGCACCAUCAUCCCACAAACUCCUCUCAGCGCGCAAGGCUUCGAGCAAGACUAUGCGUUUUUUGCCUCUCCUAACCUUGGCUUUUCUGCCUGCCGUGGCAGGAGCAGUCAUUAUGUUUAUUUCUUGUUCUUGGCAGUGGUCAGCGCGCUGCCGGUAGAGAGGGACGCACAGAAGGAUGAACUGGUGACGCGGUGUAUAAUCGAGGCACUUUCCAAUGCUCUUUCCGAACAAGACUCUUCUCCAGUGACUUCGGAAUGCAGGGAAAUCCUGAAAAGUGAGAAGCAUGAAGUAGCAGAAAAGAAAUAUGAGGGAGGAAAUAAUUAUUAUGAAGAGGACAAGCACCUUGAGGACUCUGAAAAUCCUCCCUAUGAAGAUAAGGGAAGCCAGAGGGCUGUUGAGGAAUACCAGAGGCGGCAUUAUGAGGAAGACAAACAAAGUGAAGAUGAGAGUGAGGAAAGACAACAUUACAAACAAGACCAUGAAGAAGAAAAAACUGAGGUGAAUAACAGCAAGGAAGAAAGUAGAAGUAUAGAAGACUUCUAUCCAGUAAAAAACACUUAUCAUGUCAGAGACCAUGGAGAUCGCCAUUCAAAUCAACAACAUGAAGAAAGGAGAUAUGCAGAUAAAAGAAUUGAGCAAGAUAAUGAAAGAACAUACAGGAAACACAGCGAGGAAGAUACCACUCAUGAGCAAGAAGGCUCACAGAAAGCAGACAGUACCGAGAGUACAAUCAAUGUGUCUCAUCACAAGCGACAAGACAUUAGAAGUGAAGAGCCUUCUGAGGAGGAUGAACAAUUUGGCAUUCAUGGACACUCGAAUGAAAGAAGACUUGGACAUAUUGACACAGGGGCAGAGGGAUCUAAUGAAGAUCUCAAUAAUCAAGAUAACAGAAAUGGUCAUUAUGACCACAAGAAACCUGACUCUGAAGAUUUGGAAGAGCAAGAUAGUGAAGAAGGAGAGAAAUUACAUAAUGGUCCCAUACACUACCAGAAGAGAAACAACUAUGGUCAUUCAGAUGAGGAUAGGAGUGUCCACCGAAAUAAGAAGGACUCAGAUAUAUCUGAUGAAUCUAGUGAAGAUCUAGAAAGCAUCAAAAAUAUCCACAAUUACCUUAAAAGAUAUGAAAACCAGGUGGAGUAUGAGGAUAAAACAAAUAGGCACUCCAUGAGUAGCUCAGAGGAAUCAAAGGAGGAAAAACACCUUGACAAAAGGACCAAUAGUGAAGAAAAAAAAUACAAUGAAGAGGAAGAAAAGAGACAUCAUACUGACUACAAGAGGCACCACAGUGAAGAGGAAGAAGAGGGGGAUGAAAAACGAUAUUACAGCGAGGAAAAGCAACACAGCAGUGAGGAAAAAACAAAUAAUCCCAAUGAAAAGAAGCACCAAAGAGAAGAAAGUACAGAAGAAAGAUAUACUAGCAAUGGAAAAGAUGAAGAGGAAGAGAGAAAUACAGUCCAACAGUUUUGGUCGAAGAAAAGGCAUAGUUUGGAGGAUAGAUAUCCUGGCAGUGAAGAGGAAAUAAAGCGCAGUGAGCAUGGUCACUUCUAUCCGGAAUACGAAGAACAUGAUGACAAGAGGCAGAGAACAGAGUAUGAAAAAAGACGUGAGGAGCAGGACCAAGGCCAGAAUGAGGAACGUAAUGAAGAACACCCCAUAAGGCAAAACCUUGACCAUGAUUUCCAAGAGGAAAGGAUGUAUGAUAGAAUGGACAAGCUGGCACACUAUCUGAAGUCCAGGAAGCCGUCCAUGGAAAUCCCAAAACUUUAUGGUUCUGAGGAUGAGAAGGGAAAGCAAAAUCACAAUGAAGGAAAGAAAAAAAUGAACCACAGAGUAUUAACUGAAGAAGAGCAGAAGGAACUUGAAAAUCUGGCAGCUAUGGACUUGGAGUUGGAGAAAAUGGCAGAGAAGCUGCAUGACCAUCAUAGAGAUUAA